CCAGUUGGUAGUUGGUUCACCCGUGAGUGCUCAGCGUGCAGCUAGCCCAACAUCGCGGUUGUACGCGGCGUACAUAAAAUACGUAUACGGAGUAAAUGCCCUGUACAUAUAUUUAUUAAUCUCAUAUACAUAUAUAUAUGUAUGCAUAUAUAAAUGUAUAUACGUACGUAAGGGAGGAGGGGCAUCUGGUCGCAAUACCUCCAUAAAUAUACACUAUAUAUGCUUACCAAUUACAUAAACGUGGGUUGAUCCUUCGCUUAUAUGGAGGGUGCUCCGAAACUUCCGGUCUGAAAGAUUGUUGUUUUUUUUUUUCUCUCAACAGAUUGAAGUAUAUAUAUAUAUAGGAAAAUUUCGAUUGUACAACAACACGACUGUUCAUCCCUCGAAUUUUACCGAGGGUUAAAAUCUCGAUAAAUCUCACGCGGUGGUUUGAGAUGAAUAUUUCAAGCGCCAAGUGCACUAUGUGAUUCGUUACAUGUACCGAGUUCGUAAUCUCUGCACCUCUUACUUAGCACUCUGGGUAUAUUGCCGGUGUCGUAAUAAUUAUACAUAUAUAUAUAUAUAUAUAUAGCCUGUAUUCGUCCGUGUUAUUAAUAUUCGUGCGAAGUUAUCAGUAUUAUUAAUCUUCUCAUUUCACGUAUUGCGUCAAUCGAAAAGUCAGUGGUGAUCCGCCAAGUGCAGAACUUCUGCGGUACAGUGACAGCGUUGAACCACCGUGCAGGAUAAGAAGAUUGUUAGUGUUAGUUACGUUGCGUUACGUUGCGUUGUUGUUAUACUGUGAUCACUGUGUUUUGGGGCAGAUCGUUUGUGCGGAGAUACUGCUCCGGUUUAUCUUACUGUAACGAGUGAAGCAACCCCCUCCACCUUCGCCUUUAUCUUCACCUUAUCUCGGCUCACACCUUAUUUUUAUUGUCCUCCUACCUACGACCUUGCCCCCCGGCGUCUGUAUUCCUCGAAUAGUCAAAGAGGUUCUUCAUUCCUCUUCACCAAAAGUGGAGAACAGAUAUUAUGUGUGUUCUGAACUGAGCAUGUUCGCCUCCUCUGCCAGCUAUCGCCACGCAGCAGCCGGCCUCAUGGAUAUAUGGAUAUUCUUCUUCGCUAUUGCCGGCGUAGCUGCGUCCGUGGAGGUACACUUCGAGAACAAGGAUGGAGGUUUUUUUCUCAAACAUACGCCGAGGCAGUCGUAUCCUGCCCAACUGGAGUCCAUCCCGGUUCCACCGAUUUUAGCACCUGGGCCAGCGCCACCCGGUUCGGUACUUUCGAUCGACACGUUUACCGUCUUCCAGACAAGCGAACCGGCAUCGGUCAGAGCCACGUACGGUCCAUUUAGUACAAAGCAAACAGUACCAGCUAGAUACAUCGUACCUGAUCCUCUGGACGCUCUCCCCGGUCCCGAAACAAGGAGAAAUCUAACAUCGACGACAGCCCUACUGGACGCCCAAGAAUUGAGCGCCAGACAUUUGGACAUGUCGGCUCAUUUGGUCCGCCCGAGUAUCCCGAGGGAUUCGCCGGUGUUGAGAGUUUUAUUUCACGCCGGCAGCGAAGCCGGCGGACGACGUCAAGUCCUCUUGGCCAGACACCAGAGGGUAUGCGUUGUUCUGCACGCUUCCCUGUCGGGGAGAACGCCUCUUACCGCAGCUUGUAGUCCCGACGGCGAGGACGGCGUGUGCCUCGCUCAAAUAACGAUACCGGCCUCUUGGUGGGCGCCACUCCCGCCCCCGGACGCAUCCGGCAGGGUGAAGGUCGCCAAAACUCUACCGAGAUUGGUGCAAGUCGCUUAUUCCGUUCUCGAACCGCGCACGGAAGGCGACGGGGGAUGCCAACCGAGGGUGCAAAUUCAACCGGUCACUCCCCUGGGACAAGUUCCACUGGCCCCCAACAGGGCGGCGUACAAAGAACUGAGGGCGGACGAAUCGUUCACACUUCUCGUACCCCACGCGCCCUUGUAUCCGAGGUCAAGACUCCACGUUCCGGCAUUUUUACAUCCUAGACAAGGGGGAGCGCCGGUAGCUGCGGUCAUCAUAAGAGCGAGAAUAAAAUCCGGUGUACGAAUAUUGGGCGCCACUUCUAGCAGCCCUGAUUGGACGGUCACCGCUGAAGUUAAUGGAAAAUACACAGCGGCGACCUUCACCGCAAUGCGAAAGGAGAACGCCGCACGCCCCCAGAAUAUGUCCGCGGAGGAGAUUCUCACCAUGCUUUUGGAAGCUAGCGAGGAAGGCGCCGGUGGUAAUUGGGACAGUGGUCGAGUCGUUUGGAGCGUACGGUACGAGGUCGAAGGUGAAGAUGAGGAGGUGUCCCCUGCGGGCUCGGGGCAACAUCACCAUCACGUGGAUCGAAGAAAACUCCAAGCGCGGCUAGAGAUACAAAAGGACGACAUUCAAGCUGUUCUUCCUAUCUCUAAGGUAAGGAACUGGGAGGUGAUGAACACGGCGGUUUUAACGGGUCGCCAAGUGUCACAGGCGAUGAAAGUUUUCAUAGUGAGCCAGGCUGGAAAAGUAGCUGACGUCACUCUGCAAUCAUCCUGUCAUUCCGAGGACGAAAGUGUCUUGAAGGUUUCGUCGUCGUGCAGCAGUGUUUACGUAGAUGGUUCGGAAAUUCGAGGAUCGAGCAACGCCUCCGUUUUAGUGAAGUACGGAACGUAUACUGGUUUGGCACGUUUCACGGUAUGGAUGCCGGAGUUUCCCCUGGAGGUAACAGUUCCAGACAGUCGUUUGAGUCAGGUAAAAGGUUGGAAGGUCCCCGAGGAGCUUUCUUCGUCCAAAAACAAACGUAGUCUGAACGACACCGGACCGGUAGACGAAGACCUCGAGAGAUCCAAACGUAAUGCGUCACCGGACGAACGGUUUCGAGGCGAAAGAUGGACGGAUGGAAAUUCCGUCGAUAGAACGCCAAACUGUCGCUUACGAUUUCAACAAAGUUCCGUCGAAGUUCACUCGAGAUUUUUGGCCGCCGAUCACGAUUCCGGAAGAGUUUCCUACUUCGUUAACCGGCGUACAUGGCUCAGAGUGACCGAUCUGGUCGUGGGACUUCUACGCGUCUCCGAUCACCGUUUCGCUACCCUCCAAGGUCGAAUAGUCCAAGGUCGAAGCUUCGGUAGGACGGAAGUGCAGGUCGUAUCCCCUAUAACCGGCAGAGUGAUCGGCGCCAAGGAGGUAAAAGUCGUCAGUGACAGAGUUUCGGUCGCCCAUUUAUCGAUUCGAGUCGUGUCCGGUCUGCAACUCACAAUAUCACCGGACACGGCCAUCGAGAAUGGAUACAUCGCUGAGACUUCUGUCACCCGAAGAUUGACCGCGCAGUACCAGGAGGGUCUCCUGGACAUCGACAUAGGAUUUUCUGACGGUUCUCACACCCCGCUUCGCGAAGUUGCGGUAAACGAUUACCACCUGUUAGUAGAAAGUCUCGAUCCCGAAGUGGUCGCGUUUGCCCCAAUGGUGGCGUCUCAUCAUCCGCGAGUUAUAGCCGUUGGCGAAGGUCGUGGGGAUUUGUUGCGCGUAACUCUCCAACUCGCGGAUGUUUGUCGACUGCCGAGUCGUCGUUCGAAAAAUUCACCGAGGACACCGGCAGCCCCAUUAGCCACCGCAUCUGCGAAUGUCGAGGUCGAUUUCGCGUCCAGCGAUUUACCGAACCGACCGGAAUUCGUACAAAACGACGGCGGUGGCAUCGUCGGAUCCCAUAGAGAAAGAAAAAAUGGGAAGGAAAUUACCUCUGAUCUACACGACAUACUGAUCGGGAUACCUCUGAAAGACGAGAACAACCACGAGCCGACGGUGCAGGCGCAUCAGGCGCAUCGGGCGCAGCAGCACCACACGGCUAUAGCUAAUGGCAUGUCUUCAGGGGGAAUGGGUGGCGUUGGAAUUCGACAUCACGGUGGACCCCAGAUGACGUCGGUCGAGAUCAGCAUGUACGUUCUAUUGGCGGCGUUUUGUUUUGCGAUCGUAGUCUUCGUCGUGUCCUGCGUGGUCUACGCGAGCAAGUUCAAACCGCAGCCCCCGGACUCGCCGUUACCAAGUAUUCCGGUUCUUGGAGCCGCGAGAGCCGCCGCCAGUCAACUCGCACCGGGACGCCGCCCCAGGGAAUCCACCACGAACGCUCACGACUGGGUUUGGCUCGGCCGAGCAACCCUCGAAAGAGCCGCCUGCGCUCCUCAGCAGGUUCGUGUUACGAGUAACCCGUUGGCAACGGAACCGGAAGAGGAAUCCGGUGAUCUAGGUACAAGUUUUGAUAACCCGAAUCACAUUGAAUUACCAUCGGUACGACCGUCGGGGUCCGUACCAAUCGACACGACGACAUAUUGUAAGAAGGAUAAAACCCCACGUCACUCUAAUAAAUCAAGUCUCAUUCAACCUAAUAAUAAAUCGUCGCCGACGCGAAACGACAACGACGAUGUACCUCCGCCUCUUCCGCCACAUGGUGUAUCGAUCCAAUCGUCGAACGAUUCCACGAACGGCAACGAAGAUUACAAACCGCCGGUGCCUCCGCACAGGAACACCGGUGUAAUCGCCCGUUUACCCGAAACACCUAAAAAACAUCAUCACAGGGCUUCUAGUGGUAGUCACGGUAAUCACCGGCACAGCAAACACCACAGUAAGUCUCAUAAGUCACAACAACAGAGCAGCAACAGCAGCAAGACGGAUAAUAAUUCUAGAGAUAACGGUGACGAGGAGUUCGUAGAGCUGAGAAGUCACGAGGACAUGCAGAAACGUGGCGCAGGUCAGUCUGCAGCAGGUGGAGUUAGAGAUAAAUCUAAGGAAGUUAAGAGGGCAACAAUCGUAGGUAAUCCAAUGUACUCUUCUCAAGAACAAGAAGAAAUGGCGUUGGACGACCUCAACCUAGGCAUGGAUUACGAUCAAAUUAUGCAAUACUUUGAUAAUUUGAAGGAAUCGAAUGCCUAGGUAAGGGCCUCGGAUAAAAAUUUACGAUACGGAAGAACAUCGCCCUAUCGCGUUUGAAAAUAAAUACCAUAAUCUGCACUCCCUCGAAACUUGCACGAAUCGCAGAUACGAAACCUUAACAUCCAGAGUAGUAAUGAUGACCUGUAAAUUGAAAAAUAUCUAAUUUUCAGUUCUUCUUAUUUAUUUAUUUUCGUCUCCUACUGUCUGGGUAAGUAGUUAUGCUAUACUGAGAUCCUUCCCGCCAAAUACGGAUAUAUUGUUCAUAGGUCAUUUAUGAGGUGAUUUAAACUUCAAUUACAGAUUUUGCAUAUCGAGGGGCAUUGAAAGAAAUUUUAAUUGAAAAAAAAAAUUUCAACGCGACUGGGGUUCGCUGUAAUUCCUGUAUCCGAUAGGCUAUAUUCUAGUCAGCUUUAUAGCAGCACAUCCAAUUACACAUCAUAUAUAAAUAUAUAUAUAUAUAAAAAAAUACAUUUACAUGUACUUACUUUAUAUACCUACAAAUACAUACUAUGUUUAUAGUGAAUUCAGUGACGGUUGGCGAAUUGCAUAUAUAAUAAUAAUUACAUUAUUGUUACACUCGAAUUUACUUGUACGCCGUACCACAAAAAAUGAAAGAAAUAACGCGUGCAAUUAAAAUCGAAAGAGAUUAAGUGAUGAUGAUAUUCAUAAAUAUAAUGAUAAUCGAUAUUGAUGAAUAAUACAAUUAAUGAUAAUAAUCAUAAUAAUAAUAACACUAACAAUAAAUAAUAGUAGCCGAAUUUUUAACGACGAUAUCAUGUAUACACACACACAGGUAUACGUGAUAUGACAUAUUAUUUUAUACAUCGGGUGAUUAUCAUACUAAAUUUAUUCGUCCUAUAUCUAUUGAACCACUUAUUUUAAACUUGAAAUACUUUAAAUGGUUUUCAAUCAGCGGUUUGAUAAUGAAUAGAUCGAUUGUAUUCGUAAUCGCCGAUGUUUAUACGUAUUAUUGCAUUGUGAUAUAAUACUAAAAGAAAGACGUUAUAGUUUCUUCUUCAAGACCACCACCGCCACUGUUUGAACUAUAAUAAUCAUAAUAAUAAAGAUAACAACAAUAAUAAUGAUAAUUAUUAUAACUAUAAAGUAAAUAGCAGCUAUUAGCGGCCGCGGGCAUCAUAUCACCCACCGUAUUUUCCCCCAAAGUCUGCAUUUCCAUGUGCCCAAAACUGCCGAACUUGUUACUCUUAUAUAUGAAAUAUUACUUAUUGAAUAUAUAUAUAUAUUAUUAUAUAUAUAUACAUGUGCACACGAAAAUUACAUGAAUAUCGUAUACUCAUACUAAAUACUGUAACCACUACCUGUACUACUACUACUGCUACUACCGCUACUCCUACUACACUAUACCACUACUGCUACCGCCUACUACCAUCACCACUACUACUGAAACUACUACUACCACACUACUACAACUACUGAAACUACUACUACCACUCCCACCACUACUACUACUGUUACUACUACUGCUACUGCUACUACCAUCCCAACUACUACUGAAACUACGAAAAACGGGUACAGAUAAAACAUUUCACUCCGAAUCCUCGGAUUUCCUUGAUACCUUGAAUCCUUGAUACUGAUCGAUCCUUUACCCUGCGAUUCGUACCUAUAUUACCCUAUACAUACAUAUUAUAUACAUAUAUCUCAUCGAACUAGCUUAGCUAUCAUUUCUAUGGACGUGUAUUAUAAAAGCAUCAUCUCAUCCAAAUCUGUACAGCUCGUGUUAUAAUUGAUUAUUACGUAUCUUUGUUUUUAUUUUUUUACAUAUAAACAAAAAAAAAAAUAUUAAAAAAAAACCUCAUUAUACAACAUAUUACAGUACUUGAUCUAUUAUACAUGAAUCGUAUAUAAAUAGCGAUUAUUAUCAAGAAGAUAUUAGAAUGAUAAUAAAAUAGUAAUUACAUGAAGAUUACUCGACCGAGUCAUGAGAACACACAAAAAAUGCUAACGGUAAUAAUACACCUAAUUUGCGUAAUGAUAAUACAUAGAAAAUUAGAUGAUCAUCUAAUAAUAAUGAUAAUAAUAACAGUAAUCGUUAAAAAUAAUAAUAUUAAUAAUACUAUUAGUAUUAAUAAUAAUAACAGUAAUAAUUGAUCAUCGAUCGUCGAGAGUUAACGGUAAUCAAUGAUUCUCUUAAUUUAAAGAAGAAAAAAAACAUCAAGAAAAACUAAGUAAAGACGUUUUAAUCACUUGCCAUAAUUAUCGAAUGCAAUGGCCAAGUCUGUAUACCAUUGCGUUCCAAUUUUAAGUUCGAGAUAAUAUUUAUUCUAAUUGACUGUGUCGUAUAUUUGUAAAUUUUGCGUUGUAAGAUUCUGUACAUAUAAUAAUAGAGAUAAUAAUAACGAUAGUUGAUAAACCAUGUAUCCCAGAUUAAUAAUUUAGUUGAUCGAUCCAUUAACAACGGUCUGUCAAAUUAUGUUUUACCAAUAGUUCAGCCUCGUAUCGUUGUGUCAUGCAUACCAUUAAAAUCGUUUUACAUAAAAAAAAAAAGAAAGAAAGCAAAAAAAUAUACAUACAAUAUACAUAUAUACAAAUAUAUCAAGAAUUUAAAUUAAAAAUGAAAACUUAAAAAAUAAUCAUAUUAUAUUAAUGUUAUAUUACUUGAUCAUAUUUGAUUUAUAUAUAUUUUUAUUUCUAUAAGACGAUUGAUUGGAUUCACAGUAUCGAAUAGGAAGACAGGCGUUUAACGUAUAAAUAAUACAGUGAUUAAACAACUAAUGAAACAUCAGUUCUCAGUACGAACGAGACAUUCAAAUGACUAAUAACCAGAGCAUGUACUCAUAGUAGAAUCCAAUCGUGAAAUUUCGUUUCAAAUUUUUAAAAUUAAUGCAUUAUUUGACUCCCACAAUGACGAUAGGAGGAGUCACCUUUCGAAAUGGCAUGGUAACGUGUAUCCUUUGAAAAAAAACACUAUAACGCUAAUAGUAUUUUCGAAUCGUGAAAUAUGUAGGGAUUAAUGUUAAAAAAGAUAAUUGAAAAUAAUUGAAAAAUAAAACAAGAAAGAAAGAGCUAAGGUGAAGAAGAAAAUAUAAAAAUAAAUUACAAACAUCGUUUAUUUAAUUAUUGAUGUAGGCAAUUUACAUGUGUAAGUAUAUACAGUAAUGAUAAUAAUAAGAAGAAGAAGAAAAGAAUAAUAAUAAUAAUAAUAAGAAUAAGAAUAAUAACAAUGAGAAUGAGCAUAAUAAUAAUGAUAAUAAUAAUAAUAAUAUUGAUUAAUAACGGACUAUGUUAUGUGUUAGAAAGCGCGUGUGGUACAUAAAAAAACAUAUAUACUUAUAAUUAGUUAAUGUGGAGGAUGAGUAUGAUAUAAUAAUAUGAAAAACUUGCGAAUGAAAAAUCGAGUGUUUUGAGAAGCUGCAAAUAUGUGUGACGAUCAAGAGAAUUAUAGGAAAAAAAAAGAAUUACAAGACAACCACAUAAUCGAGGUUUCUCUCAUCCAUUCUAGUCUAAUCGCUACUCAAUGCGACUAAUUGAUGAUGCUUAAGUGUUCUCGCUUGCCACUCGAAUUCUGUAAUUUAGCUCUAAUAUUGAAGAUAACGAGAAGGGAAAAAACAGAAAACAUAGCAAGAAUCAUAAUAUGUGUAAGUAGCUGAAAAGCCAUUGCGAAGUCUUGACUAUGAUAUUACCAUACCUGAUCAAUUUUGUUACGUAAUAUGUAGUUACAUUAGAGUUCUUAGAUCCACGAAACACCUCGUGUAAUCGUAAAUACGUGUUACACAUAUUAAUUACAUCAUUAUUACACGAAUAGUGCGUGACGUAAUUAUUAUAAAGUUUUGCACAAGCCAAAUACGCUUUCCGUUUUUUUUUUUUUUUGUUUUUCAUAUACAUUUUGCUCCUGUGAAUCGUUUUAUAUCGUGCAAAACAUGCCAUACCUGUUUAAUAUUCAUUAUAUGUUGUUAAUAUUUAUUUACUGUUCCAAAUUGUUUUUUCUCUCCAGUAUGAUUCUAUAGAGUCAUCUGAAAACUUGAGAUAUCAUCCAUUUUAGAAAAAUCGAAAUGUCACUUAUAUAUAAUACAUAGUUGUACACAAGGAUCUACAGUUUAAUCUUUGGAAUUUAUAUAUUUCACCGAUAUCAUCUCAUUUCACCGAUGUCACACCAUUCAACCUGGUAUAUAUAGUAUUUUAUAUCAUCUGCAUCUUUGCAGCGCAAAAAAAAACAGAAUUGCUAUGUUAAAAGUCUGCGGUCUUGGAGGAAUGAAGGAACAGAUGAUGAGAUGAUAUGAUCGCGACUUUUUUCAGAUUUUUAUUUUUCGGUUGUUAUUUAUAUACUUUGGCCUAAUAUUCAUGUUUCAAGGGUGGUAAUCGGUAAGCUCUAAUUCUAAUUCGCGAAUAUGGGGCGGUAAAUCAUACAUAUUGUGUACUAAAUCCAUAACUUGUGUGUCGAUGCAUACGUAAGAGAAAAGUAUUUUAUAAUGUAGACGGUCUAUAAUAUACAUCUAUAUACUAUAUCAUUAUAUGAGGCAUAAAAAUUACAUCAAAUCAAUGAAAAUUAAUAGCAGUAAUAAUAAUAAUGAUAAUGGUAAUUUAUAAAAUGUAUGAGAUCAAUAUUCAAUGAUAUGACACGCGAAGAUUACGGCAUAAACCGCAAACACAAAAUAGAAUAUUGUAUACCUAUAUAUUCACGAAUGUAUAAAUUAUUAGUAGAAUAUGUGUAAGAAUGUUCCGAUUGGGAUGCGAUCACUUGUUUUCUAUCAUUUUAUUUCUUGAAGCUGAAAUCUGGUAGCUUGGCGCGGGGGGUCGGGGGGCCUGGGAGAUCAUUUCAAUGCUCGUUGCAUGAUAUUAUUUGUGUUAUCUGAUUAAUGGAAAGGGGAUGUCUAGUAAAUAUGAGUGAAUAGGCAAUUAUAAAGUAGCGCGUACUUAUGGUGUAUUCAUGUACACAUAAUAUAUAUUAUUAUAGUUAUGUAUAAAUGGUACCGAUGCAUAAGUAAUAGUUAAAUAUAAAUAAUAAUACAUAACGUGUGUGAUGAUGGAUCAUGCUAGCGAUAAAAUAUUAAUUAUUGUAAUGAACUUAAUGCGCCCAUCAUAUCUUCCUACGACUAUAUUGUAUAUGAUAGAAUUAUUUAUCGCAGCAACUGAGUAAAUAAAUAUUUUAUUGUGAAAGGGACGAGAAAUUAGGAAAAUAGUUAUAGGCCACACGUAAUCGUCAUUGUGAGCAAAUAGCAAUGCAGUUCAUUUUGGAAGAUGAAGAGAUGGGGAGAAUUAUGUUAUUUUGUAUUACAGCUACCUCUGAAUUUAGGUUUAAUACAAUGAAUAUAUGUAAAAUUGACAUCUCGAUCACCCUUCUCCCCCGCGGAUUGUUUCGCCAGGUGGGUUUAGAUUGAAAGGAAAAAAAUAAACAGCAAACAAAUGAUACAGAAUAUUAACAUAUUCAUGUGAAGCAAAAACCUUCGGCUACAUAAUUGUUUCGGGCUUACCAUAGGUAAUUAUGUAUGUAUAAGUGAAUAAACAAAUCAUUCCUCCAUUAUAAUAAUACACGGAUACAUUUAUUGUAAUAAAAUUGAAAAUAAUUUAUUACUAUAAAACAUAGAUUACAUAUAAUACACGGCGACGAUACCGACGAUUACUAUAUUGUAUUAUUAUUAUUAAUACUAACAUUAUUAUUAUUAUUAUUACGAUUUGUUGUCAUUAUGAUUAUUAUUAUUAUCGUUAUUAUUAUCACAAUCAUUAUUGAUGAUUAUAAAUUAUUAUUAGUACAUAUUGACUUAUAUUGAAUAUUAAGAUAUAAUUAUUAUAUUGCCUACUCAAUGUACAAUAUGUAGUAUUUACCUGUUGUUACCACCAAACCGUCAUCAAAGAUAUAAAAUAUUGUAAUUGUAUAAAACGCAUUA